AUGCUGCCCCAGGCAGUCCGGCAACAGUCCCCGCAGGAAGGUGUGGAGUGCCAGGUCCUCCCAUGCAGCCGUGGGGAAUUCCGGGUAGCCUCGUCGCGUCAACAGCUGGACAUCAGCAGCGUAGACCCCCAGGCUCUCCUCCUUCUUGCGGAGGUGAGAAGCCAGCAACUGCCGGCUCUGGUCGCUGAAGACCCGCUCACCGAAACCACCUCUCCAGUGCUCUGGUUCGAGCAGCACCCGCGCUGCCGUCCCCUCCAAGGCCAGCGUAAGGUGGACGACGGCCUCCUCGACACCCCAGCCGUUGUGCCACUCAGCAAGACGGAACUGAGCCAGAGCGGGAAGGACGAGACGGGAGCCCAGGUUCAGCAAUUAGACAACUCUCGCGCCCCUUGCACCGCACGACUCCGAGAGUUGCCUUUCAUGACCAACAUCAUACACGCGGCUCAGAUGGAGACGCUGGCGGUACCCAUGAUCCUCGGGGGCGGGGGCGUGGGGGGGGGCGUGGCCCCCCACCGGCCGCUGUUCCGCACCCAGUCCUCCCCCGCCGCCACCUCCCUGAGCCUGGGUGACUCGCCCCUCCCCCUCGCCACGCCCGAGAUCACCACGGCGACCGGGGUCAAGCCCCGCUUCACCACCGGCCUGGUGUACGACUCCCAGAUGCUGAAGCACCAGUGCACUUGUGGAGACAACAGCAGCCACCCAGAGCAUGCUGGGAGAAUCCAGAGCAUCUGGUCCAGACUGCAGGAGAGGGGACUGAGGGGGCAGUGUGAGACCAUCCGUGGCCGUAAGGCGUCGCUGGAGGAGCUCCAGUCGGUCCACUCGGAGCGCCACGUCCUGCUGUACGGCACCAACCCCCUGAACCGCCUCAAGCUGGACAACCGCAAGUUAGCCGGAAUCCUCUCCCAACGGAUGUUUGUAAUGUUGCCAUGCGGCGGCGUUGGGGUGGACAACGACACCAUUUGGAACGAGUCGCACACUUCGACGGCCUCGCGCAUGGCGGCGGGCAGCAUCACCGAGCUGGCCUUCCGGGUGGCCAAGGGAGAGCUGAAGAACGGAUUUGCAGUGGUCAGACCACCUGGGCACCACGCAGACCCGUCCAACCCCAUGGGCUUCUGUUAUUUUAACUCGGUUGCCAUAGCAGCCAAACAGCUCCAGCAGAAGAUGAGUGCCAGUAAGGUCCUGAUUGUUGAUUGGGAUGUUCACCACGGCAACGGGACCCAGGAAGUGUUCUACAACGACCCCAGCGUCCUCUACAUCUCUCUCCAUCGCUACGACGACGGCAACUUCUUCCCCGGCAGUGGGUCCGCGGCCGAGGUGGGCUCGGGAGCGGGGGAGGGCUUCAACGUCAACGUAGCCUGGACCGGAGGGCUGGAGCCCCCCAUGGGGGACGCAGAGUACCUGGCUGCCUUCAGGACAGUGGUGAUGCCCAUCGCCCAGGAGUUCUCCCCAGACGUGGUUCUGGUGUCGGCCGGCUUUGACGCCGCCGACGGCCACGCCCCCCCCCUGGGCGGGUACAAGGUCUCCGCCAAAUGUUUCGGCUUCCUGACCCGUCAGCUGAUGUCUCUGGCCGGGGGCCGCGUGGUGAUGGCGCUGGAGGGGGGUCACGACCUCACGGCCAUCUGCGACGCGUCCGAGGCGUGUGUGAGCGCCCUGCUGGGGGUCCAGGAGCCCUUGUCUGAGGAGGUGCUGCUGAAGACCCCCAGCCUCAACGGAGUCCGCUCGCUGCAGAAGGUCCUGCAGGUCCAAAGUCAGUACUGGCAGAGCGUGCGGCGGUCCCAGGGGGGUCCGCUGGGUCGGUCCUUCCUCUCCGCUGAGAGUCGAGACCGCGAGGAGACGGACGCCGUCAACGCCCUCGCAUCGCUGUCCGUACACGUGCUGACCACCAAGAGGGUUCCUGACGAGCCCAUGGAGCACGACGAGGACUCCAUGUAGCGGAACCGGGCGGAACAGGAAGUCACAUGACCACGGGGAGUCACAUGACCACCGCGAGUCAACAUGACCACCGCGAGUCACAUGACCACCGCGAGUCACAUGACCACCGCGAGGCAACAUGACCACCGCGAGUCAACAUGACCACCGAGAGUCACAUGACCACAAGACCAGGGGCCGAGCGUUUGGCUAAAGCUAGCCAGCUCCGCCGUCCCACCUUGUUACACACACACAAACACACGCACACAACGGUGAACCUCAGAUGUUUUUUUUCACCUUCAACCGAGUGGCCUUGAACACGCCUCCACCAAAGAGCCAAGACGCCUGAGUGUGUGUGUUUGCGUGCGUGUCUGAGUGUGUGUGUGUGUGUGUGUGUGUGUGUGUGUGUGUGAGUGUGUGUGUGUGUGUGUGUGUGACAGAGAGAGAGAGAGAGCACUGGGGACGGACGGUGGGAUCGUCGGAUCGACCGACUGAGUGAAGUAUCUUACAGAACUCAAACUUUCACUUUAACUUUGACCACUUUCAAGUCUUACGCAAAAAAACUGAGGAAAUUAUUUUCGGAACAAAAGAA